AUCCCCACCGUUUACUCUUUAUUAGCCCCUCACUCCCUUUGCUUACUCCAAAGGAAAGCGGAAAGCCGAUCAGAGUUUUGUGUAGACGGUGAAAAUGGUGGAGCUCACGGCGCAACAGCUGAAGGAGUACGACGGCACGGAUCCGUCGAAGCCGAUUUACGUGGCGAUUAAGGCGCGAAUCUUCGACGUCACCGCCGGCAAGUCCUUCUACGGUCCCGGCGGCGACUACUCCAUCUUCGCCGGCAAAGACGCCAGCAGAGCCCUGGCCAAGAUGAGUAAGAACGCCGAUGAUGUUUCCCCUUCCCUCGAAGGCCUCUCCGACAAAGAAAUUGGCGUGCUCGCCGACUGGGAGAAGAAGUUCGAAGCUAAGUACCCUAUCGUUGGUACUGUUGUUUAAUCGUAUUUGAUUUCUGCACUGAUCCGGAAUCCGGAUGGUUAUAUGAUCUAGGGUUGAAAUGCGUGCUGAUUGCUGAUUGUUGUGUACUUUGCAAUCUGAUGCUGUAAUCUCCGCUCUGAAUAUUUACUUCUAUGCAUGAAUUGAGUGUAAGAAAUCAAUUAACUACUAUAGUCUAAUGGAGUCUGAAUUAUUAUUACUCAAUCGAAUGUAAUAAUCUGAAUUAUCUGCCAGGACUAUAGACACAUGUCUAUGUUGCUAUGUUCUACUAGUCUGUGAUGCCAUUAUGUCAACAACUUUUGUAUCAGAUCAGGUUUCUUUAUUUAGAGAUAUAUGAAGGAAAUAAUGAUCCUAGCUUUA